AUGCCGCAGAGUGCCCUGGCGGAGUUGAAAUCCACAAUUCCCCAGCUCUGCGCCCCGGGAAAGGGUUUCCUUGCUGGCGACGUCGCCGCAGAGCCUGAUGUUCUUGAUAAACGCGUUGCGUACUUGGCAUUGUGCUUCGGUGCACCGGAUUUGAGCGAGUACGUCAGCGGAGUGAUCUUGGACUGGGAGAUGCUCUUCCGAAAUGACGCAACCGGGAAGCCGAUAGUCAGCGUCAUUACUGGGAAUGGCAUGGUUCCAGGUACCAAGGUGGACAAGGGCUACAACAAGAAGGGCAUGUGGAACACUAGCGUCGGGCCAUUGGGCCAGCCCGAAGUGCGUGCCGUUGGGCUCAAUGACCUUCAGGAGAGAUGCGCUGAAGCGUAUGCGAAGGGAGCUCGUUUCGCCAAGUGGCGCGACGUCCUCCAACUCCACUUCGAGGAGGGGUUGCCAAGUGGCGUUGCCAUUGCCACCCUGGCGCGCACCCUGGCGCGCUACGCUUCCAUUUGCCAGAGUGAGAAAUUGGUGCCUAUCGUUGCAAUUGAGGUUUUGCCCGAAGGAGAACACGACAUUUCUUAUUGCUCGGAAGUGACCGAGAAAGUGUUGGCAGCCCAGUUCAAGGCUUUCGCAGAUCACCACGUUUACCUGGAAGGCUGCCUCCUGAAGAUGAACAUGACUGGCCUGGAGCAGGACGGCGAGGAAGUAGCUACCAUGUACCUGAGCACGAUGAACAAGCUGUUCAGGGACAAGUUGCCCUGGCUCCUCUCCUUUUCGCAUGGCGAGUCUUUGCAGAAGACACACUUCGAGACCUGGCCUCGCCAGGAGAAGAUCAAGGAUGAUGCUCGGAUGGCGCUAAUAGCGAGGGCCAACGCAAACUUCGACGCAGUCAUGGGCAAGUGCACAGUGGAGAGGGGUUCAGACGAGGCGGCCGCCGAGCGGCGCAAAAUCAACGCGUCCUCGCGGCAGUCGGGCACGCACGGGCGCGAGCUGCUGCAGGGAGAGGCCGCUUGCAUCGCCGCAGUCAG